CCCGCCCCCCGGGUGUGUCAGAUUUUUUUCAGUUAAUAAUAUCCCCCGAGCUUCAAAGCGCAGCCAGUGACAGUCAUCUGUCUGGACGCGCUGGGUGGAUGCGGGGGGCUCCUGGGAACUGGGUUGGAGCUGAACGAGCGCUAGCCAGGCGUACGCGCGCACACACACUGCAGCCGCCCGAGGACAACCCCCUCCCGCCGCCGCCGCCCCCUCAGCCCACCCGGAGACCCCAGCGCCGAGUCGCCUCCGGAUCCCCGGCAGUCUGCAGGAGUGUUGGAGGUUGGCGCGACUCUGUUGCCCACCCACCCCACCCCCGCACGGGAAGGAAGCACUCCCCCCACCUUUAAAAAGAGCGGAGAGGAAAGUGGUUAGUCGCCGGCCGGGAGGCGAACAGAUGCCCAGCUGCACCGCGUCCACCAUGCCGGGGAUGAUCUGCAAGAACCCAGACCUGGAGUUUGACUCGCUGCAGCCCUGCUUCUAUCCGGACGAAGAUGACUUCUACUUCGGCGGUCCCGACUCGACCCCACCGGGGGAGGACAUCUGGAAGAAGUUUGAGCUGCUGCCCACGCCCCCGUUGUCGCCCAGCCGCGCCUUCCCAGAGCACAGCCCGGAGCCCUCGAAUUGGGCCACUGAGAUGCUGCUGCCGGAGGCCGACCUGUGGGGCAACCCGGCAGAGGAGGAUGCGUUCGGUCUGGGGGGACUGGGUGGCCUCACCCCGAACCCGGUCAUCCUUCAGGACUGCAUGUGGAGCGGCUUCUCCGCCCGCGAGAAGCUGGAGCGCGCGGUGAACGAGAAGCUGCAGCACGGCCACGGGCCCCCGGGCGCCGGCACAGCCUCCCCGGCUCCGGGAGUGGGUACCAGCAACCCCGGGGGCCGUGCCCUUAGCGGAACGGCGAGUGUUGGCCGCACCGGGGCCACCCUGCCCACCGAGCUCUCCCACCCGGCUGCCGAGUGCGUGGACCCCGCCGUGGUCUUCCCCUUCCCGGUGAACAAGCGUGAGCCAGCGCCGGUGUCCGCCGCCCCCAUCGGUGCCCCUGCGACCAGCGCUGUGGUCACUACUGUGUCUGCUCCGGCUGCUGCCCCGGUGGCCGCUCCUGCUCGUGCAGGCGGCCGUCCUGCCAACACUGGAGAGCACAAGGCCCUCAGUACCUCCGGAGAGGACACCUUGAGCGACUCAGAUGAUGAAGAUGACGAGGAGGAAGAUGAAGAGGAGGAAAUAGACGUGGUCACCGUGGAGAAGAGACGCUCCUCCUCUAACAACAAGGCUAUCACCACCUUCACCAUCACCGUGCGCCCCAAGACCUCAGCCCUGGGUGUGGGGCGGGCCCAGCCCGGCGAGCUGAUCCUCAAGCGCUGUGUUCCCAUCCACCAGCAGCACAAUUAUGCUGCGCCCUCCCCCUACGUGGAGAGCGAGGAUGCACCGCCACAGAAGAAACUCAAGAGCGAGGCUUCUCCACGCCCCCUCAAGAAUGUUGUCCCAGCAAAGGCGAAGAGCUUGAGCCCCCGAAACUCAGACUCGGAGGACAGCGAGCGGCGUCGCAACCACAACAUCCUGGAGCGCCAGCGCCGCAACGACCUGCGCUCCAGCUUCCUGACGCUCAGGGACCAUGUGCCCGAGCUGGUGAAGAACGAGAAGGCGGCCAAGGUGGUCAUCUUGAAAAAGGCCACCGAGUACGUCCACGCCCUGCAGGCCAACGAGCACCAGCUCCUGCUGGAAAAGGAGAAGCUGCAGGCCAGGCAGCAGCAGUUGCUAAAGAAGAUCGAACAUGCUCGGACUUGCUAAACGUUUCUCUCUCGGACAGUCACUGCCACUUUGCACAUUUUGAUUUUUUUUUUUUUUUUUUUAAACAAACAUUGUGUUGACAUUAAGAAUGUUGGUUUACUUUCAAAUCGGUCCCCUGUCAAGUUUGGAUCUGGGUAGGGGGCAGGACGCGGGGUUCUGCCAUGACCUUGGAGAAAAAACAAACAAACAAACAAACAAAAAACAAAAAAACUGAGUUAUGGGAUGCUGGGUGGCUUGUUUUUCUCCUCCACAUCACCUGAUGACAGCCAUGGAAGUUCCGGGACAGUUGGGAGCUUCAGGAGGCUGUGAAGUCACCUUGUUCCGGUCCAAGUUUCCAAACAGAGUCAUUCCUUAUUUUUACAAUGGUGCUUAAGUUCCAGCAGAUGCCACAGAAGGGGGUUUGUCACUGGAGGCCCCCCGGGAACACUUGUGUAAAUACCGUUGAUACACUCGCCUUUUGUACACGUCCUGGGUAAUGAGAGGUGGCUCUGGCAGCCAGUAUUAGACUGGAAGCUCACACCUAAGUACUGUAAGAAUACCUCAAUGUUUGAGGAGCAUGUUUUGUAUACAAAUAUAUUGUUAAUCUGUUAUGUACUGUACUAAUUCCUACACGGCCUGUAUACUUUAAUAUGAUGCUGAUACAUAACUAAAUUUGAUACUUAUAUUUUCGUAUGAAAAUGAGUUGUGAAAGUUUUGAGUAGAUAUUACUUUAUCACUUUUUGAACUAAGAAACUUUUGUAAAGAAAUUUUACUAUAUAUAUAUUCCUUUUUUUCCUAGCCUGUUUCUUCCUUGUUACUGUAUUUGUUCAUGUUUGGUGCAUAGAACUGGGUAAAAUGGCAAAGUUCUGUGUUUUAAUUUCUUCAAAAUGUAUAUAUUUAGUGCUGCACCUUAUAGCACUUUGAAAUACCUCAUGUUUAUGAAAAUAAAUAGCAAUUAAAUGA